UCACAGAGCUUCCAUUGUUCCCUGCCCACUCUGCCUAAUAUGGAAUUUGCAAGGAAACCCAUGAUUUCCUGACACUGACACAGGAAACUAACGGAUAGGGGUCGGAGCACUAGUCUCAGGGAUCAGGCAAGGAGAGUGGAAACCCAGCUGCUUUUCACCGCUUCUCUAUCAGUAAAAUAGGGAACCGGGAUUUAAACGGGAUGAGAUUUGACUCUAACCAUAGUUUUCACAGAGUUAAAGUCCUCCGAGCAGACUUGUCCUUGAAGCAAGUGCGUCUGGCGCUUAAAUUGUGGAUAGACAACUUUGGGAUUUCUAUCGUUUCAGCCCGAAGGCGAGCAGCGGAGUUUGGAAAGUAUAACACGCAAGAUAAAUGUACCUCGAACGUAUCUAAAAACAGCUUUUCGGAACCUCCAGUGGGAAUACGUGGGGAACAAAUAGAAUCAGAUCCACACUGGGUACGCUACACAUUCUACACAAAAAAAUACAAAUUCUCAGCGAUUGGAAGUACUUGACUAUGCCUGCGCGUAAAAGAAUACGACAGAAUGCCAUUGCAAUGACGGAAGAUGGCAGCAGUAGCAGCGACAGCUUGGGGAUCACUAUGAAAAAGAUGUUGAAAUGCGUGGUGGUCGGAGACGGAGCCGUGGGGAAGACCUGUUUGCUUAUGAGCUAUGCUAAUGAUGCCUUCCCAGAGGAGUACGUUCCAACUGUAUUCGAUCACUACGCAGUAAACGUAACGGUGUCAGGAACGCAGCACCUACUGGGCCUUUACGACACGGCCGGACAGGAGGACUACAACCAGCUGCGGCCGCUGUCCUACCCCAACACCGACGUCUUCCUCAUCUGCUUCUCCGUGGUCAACCCUGCCUCCUACCACAACGUCCAGGAGGAGUGGGUCCCAGAGCUGAAGUCCUGCAUGCCCCACGUGCCCUACAUUCUCAUCGGCACCCAGAUCGACUUGCGCGACGACCCAAAGACACUGGCUCGCCUGCUGCAUAUGAAGGAGAAGCCUCUGACUUAUGAACAGGGGCUCAAGCUGUCCAGAGAGAUUGGAGCCCAGUGCUAUCUGGAAUGUUCUGCCUUGACUCAGAAGGGGCUGAAGACGGUGUUUGACGAGGCCAUCCUCACCAUAUUCAGUCCCAAAAAGCAGAGGAAAGGAUGUGUGCCCUGUCAGAGCUGCUGCACAAUUGUAUGAGGCCCAAAAGGGGGUCAUGAGGCACUCCUCGUUCCUCUCUCUUCACCAAUCCUCCCAGGACCCUACCCCAGGAGUCUGGCCUUCUCUGGCAUAGUCAUGGAUCUCGCUGUGCCAGAGUUCAAGGUGUAUUGACAAUAUUUUCUAUUUUCUUCACCAAGACCUCUGUCUAAGAGCCAACAGCUGGAGCAGUGGACCCACCCCUCCCCCUCCCCCACCGCACACACGCACAAACAGACACUCAUGGACAUACAGAUACACUCACACAUACACACACACACACAAAGAACAGAGAACUGUUUACUCAACUCUGUUUGAGUGCCAUACAACCCCGCCCCCACCCAUUCAACUUCCCACCUCACAGUCACGAAGCCAAAGACUUGACUCAGAAAGUGUGGCCUUAUUUAUACUGUUUGAUUUCAAUUAACCCUUACAUACAUGCUCCUUUCAGCAUUAGACUUUAGUUACAUUUAGUUCUGUUUUAUACAUGUUACGGACCUGUGGUAUACUGAAAACUGUAUUUUAUAAAAGCAUUGUUUAUAAACAGGUAGUGUACUCUUUUUAGAAACAAUACCUUUAUGUCUCUCUGGUCCUUGGAGAACACUGUGUAACAGAGACUAGAAUGAGGCCACGUAGUGCCACACUGAACCACACUGAGCCAGUGCCAUGGACUGUGUUUAGUGGCACAGUACACACAGCGUGUGGUACAGUGCUACUGUACGUGUUAAAUAUUUAACACUUUUUUACAUCGACUGCCUUUAAAUUCACUGUUAUAUGUAUUUUGAUUCUCAACCGAAGCGCAUGUCAAAGGUGCUGUGAAAAUGGGGACAGAUAAUGAAAAAAACCAAAAGAAAAACCACCCCCUGUGCAUUCUGGGUACUUUCUACCCUUGACAUGCUUGACAAGAGGUCUGAUGCCCGCCUAUCAUUCUAACCCCACCAAUUUAGUGUACAAUUAUUUGUACAGUGAUUCUAGUCCAGAAUGCUAAAAUGCCAAAAUUACCAUUGUAUGUUAUAAAAUAUAAGAAAAGAUAAAUAUUAUAUAUAGUUUUUUUUUUUUUCAGAAAAAAAAGAUUUUUUAAAUGUUGUAAUCUUUGUUGCUGAAUUGGUAGAGCGCAGGCAAGCAUUUGUUCUUCUCUGAAGCGUGUACUAUCCGCUGGUGCUUCUUAUCACACUGUUUGCAAGUCAGGCGGGUACUCACGAGUCAGAGAAAGAUGCAUCAUGUGCUAUCCAGCUUGCGGGAAACGCAAUGAGACGCUGUUAGCUCAGCCGACUGAAACCCUCCCAGGCCUGGAUGAUGCUAGAGCCAAUUAUGUGUCUUUGUGGGGGGCUGGAGCCACGCUGGCAUGGUUGGGCCCAACCAUACUCUACAACAGUGCCUUAAUAUAAUGAGCCACACAGCAGCCCUAAAAAAAAUUAAGAAAAUCAUUUCAGUUCUCUUUAUCACAAAAGCAAUGUUUUUCUAUCACUGUAAAACCUAAAUGCAGUUUAACUAAAUGAAUUCAGUAAUCUCAGCCUAAACAUGUAAUAUUAUUAAUGUAAAAGAAUAACUUAAUUGUAUAAGGCCAGCUAAUACUUGAACAGAUGUUGCUCUACUUAAAUGGUUCAAGGCCAUCGGUUUCCUAAACCGUUUUCCUCAAACUUUUUUGCUUUGUAGUGCAGUUGUAAACUGAGUGUAAUUAAAAGCACAAUAUGCAUCAGGGUUAAGGGCAGGUGUUCACAAUAGCAGUACCAAGCCCACAAACUCAAGGUACUUCUUUUUUGGCAUUAGAACUGCAUCAAGAAAAAAAGAUCAUUGGGAGUUAUGUGCCUGGGUUGGGCUCAAUUCCAGUUUAGUUCAUGAAUGAAUUGAAAUUAAAUUGAACAAUUGAAACCUCCCCUUAAAACAAUGGCCAUUUUCGAUUGAUGAAUUUAGUUUCAAUUAAUUUCCUGGGGAAGGUGGGUGGGGGCAGGGGGGAUAAGUUGAAUUUGAUGCGUUAAGUUGUAUUUGAAGACAUUGUUGCUAUAUUUAUAAAAGUAGGGAGAAUAGUCUGGAGGCUCCCAUCUUUGUUGGUCACAGGGUCAGGUGAUGUCUAGGCUUUAAUAUGCUAAAUUUGACAAAGCCAGACCAGUAUUUCUCGUAGACGUUCUCGAGAGCAUGAGGAACUCCUAGAGAGUAGUCCCCUAGCCGGUGUCGCCUUGGCUGGCGAAGAAAUGGCAAGAAUUUGCCGGUGCCUUCCUUUACCCCCAAUGCUAUGUUUCACACAACACAGACAUGGUUACCAUGGCUGCAAAGGAUUUCAACCAGACAGUGACUGAAGCUUUGAACACCGACACCAUAGUGAAAACAGAUUCUUGUUCACUCAAUUGUUGUCUUUUCCACCAGUUUUCAUGUUGCAGUCCCACAAUAUAUAAUUCUAAUGCAAGGUCCGGACUCUGUUACAAUGCUACACUUAAACUCUGGCUGUUUUUUUUUUUUAACUUUUAUAAUCAUUUCUUUGAGUUUUACUUUGCCUGAGGAUUCGUACAUAAUGUUGACAACCAAGCUACAGUAUCAUCAGUCUUCCAUGAAAAACUGUUCAUAGUCAUUCAUUGUUUCAUAGCCCAUGAAAGGUCAAAGGUCACACAGGAGAAAAAAACGACUGUUGAACAUGCAGUGCUAUGGUGCUACAUUGUAAUCAGUCAGUCCAUUAUAAUAAGCUGCAUCAGUAAGUAAUUUAUUCAAUUCAUUAUUUGUAUAUUUAUGAAUGAUUAUGAACCUGUUUUCAUGAAUGUCAUUAUGUAGUGUUAUUUAGCACUUAUCUGGGUGCUACAUAUGUCUUCGUAAGAUCUUCCUAAAGAAAAGUGUUAAUUUUAUUUUUUUGAAAAUCUGUUACUGCAGAACCUAGUUUUUGAGUUCACUGUCACAACUGAAGAUGAACUGUGAAGACGAGAAGAACUCUGUCUAUUCACGUUCCCCUCCCCUAGAAUUCCCCCACACAAUCACACUGUUCUUCUACAGCCCCCUCCCGAUCAACCUCCGCCCCUUCUCUCAACCCCACCCUUUCUGAGAACUAAGACAAAAAAAACCUUUGUUCCAGAGUUUUCAAAACUGCUUCAUGAGAUUUUUCCCAACCAUGAUGGGAUUUCUUUUAUUUCACAAAAGCCACUGCUGUGUAUAUUUACUAUGAUUUUUACAAAGUUCUAUAUGCAAAAAAGUGCAAAUAAUUGCUAUAUUGCCCAUAUAAACCAUAUUUUGUAGGUAAUACACCAUAUUUGACAUAUAUUGACACCACUAUACAUGCUGAUGCACAUGUCUCACAUUUUAUAUUUUUAUAUUUUUCCAUAUACUAGCAUAAGAUCCUUUUGUAGGCAAGAUCAAAUCCUAAGGUAAACAGUUAAUGGGACAGGAGGGGAAAGGGGUUCCUUGAAUCACCACCUGUUUUUUUAUUUUAUUUUUUUUGGCUGUUGAUAUGUUUUGACUUUAUUCCUCAACAGCAUAUAAUUUUAAUUGCUUCCACAAGCAGUUAAAAAUAAUGUGUUCAUGUUUGGUCUCCAAGAAAAAGUGCUGCAUGCAAAUGUAUUUUCAGAUAUUACAUCUGUAAUUACGUUGUAAAAUAUGGUAUUUAUAUGUACACAGAGUGAAAUGCAAAAGUUAUUUUUGUUUUGAAUGUGAGGUUAAAGAGCAGACUGUCAUCUUUAUCAGGUGAUCCAUGUAGGAAUUCUAGCCCUUUUUAGCCUCUCCAUUUUAGGGAAACAAAAGCAAUGAGACAAUUGGCUGCUCAUCAGUUUCUUGGCUUGCUGUGUGUCUUUGCAUCAUUAGUUCAUGCACAACAAAGCUAACAAAAGGUCUAGAGUUCAUUUUAGGUGUGGAGUUUGUAUGUGGAGUCUGAUGCUCUUGUCUUUCAACAUGGGGACCAAAUAUGUAUCAAUGCCAGUAAAGCAGGCCAUCAUGAGGCUGCACAAUCUGAAUAAUUAAAUCAUAGACAUAGCCAAGACAUUGGGAGUGUCAAAAAAAACUGUUUGAUUCAUUGUUAGGAUCAAGAUCGCACUAAUGGACUACUUCCAAUUGUGGAGAAAACCCCUUUUUCAACUGUUGAACAGAUCAAGAACACUGUCCAAUAGAUGUGUCAAAGACUGCCAAAAAGAGAAGAUUACACCAGCAAACCAUCGGUAAGCCUCAAGAACAGAAUGGCCAGGUUAGAGACUGAUAAAAAGUCUUAUGGACAGAUGAGUAUUAACCUCUGAAAAAGUGAUUUAAAAAAGGAAAGUGCUCUUGAUUCAAAACACUCCCUUUUCAUCUGUGAAACAUGGUGGAGGUAGUGUUGUGGCUUGGAUAUGUAUGGCUGCCACUGAAACUGGUGCACGUCUUCGUUGAUGAUGUGACUGCAGAGGGCAGCAGGAUGAAUUCUGAAAUGUACAGACACAUCUGCUCAGAUCCCUCAAAAUUCAUUGGAUGGUGCUUCGCCUUGCAGCAGGAAAGUGACCGCAAACAUACUGCUAAAGCGACCAAGGAGAUUUUCCGGGACAAUAUGUGGAAUGUUCUUGACUAACCAAGUCAAUCAUCUGUCCUGAAUCCAACUGAACAUACAUUUCACUUGCUGAAGACAAGACUGAAAGCAAAAUUCCCCAAAAUGCCCCAGGAACUGAAGAUACAGGCCUGGCAGAGCAUCACCAGGGAAGAUACCCAGUGUGUCUAUGGGUCACAGACCUCAAGCAGUCAUCAACUGCAAAGGUUUUGCAACCAGGUACUAAAUAUGAUGACUUCAUUUCAGAUUAUGUUCAUUUGUCCCAUUACUUUUGCUCCCCUAAAAUUGGAGGACAAUGUAUAAAAGUAAUUCCUGCAUGGAUUUCCCGAUAUGGGUACAAAUGCCCUGAAAUUAAACUGACAGUCUGCACUGCAUCCUUAUAUUUAUUGUUACAUUUCAAAUCCAAAAAGUUUGCAGUACUGAACGAAGACAACAAAAAUUGUGUCUCUGUCCCAAUGAUUUUGCAUUUAACUAUAUAUAUAUAUAUAUAUAUAUAUAUAUAUAUAUAUAUACAUAAAUAUUCAUCUUAUUUUUUACAUACUUUUUCACAAUGGUUAUCUUCACAUCUGCACACAAGAAUGUGAAAAGAUAUCAUGGUUGUUGUGAGAUGAGGUAAUCAGAAUGGAACCCAGUGAGGAAUCCAUGGUAACCACAUCCUGCUGAUGUAAAGGAGCAGCCAGUCAAAUGCCUCAUAUGUAGCAGUGUCCACAAGUGGCUGUAUACUAACCAGAUAGUUGACUCCAUGUUUUACUGAGGUUUUAAAAAAAUGUUUUACAGUAAACCACUGAAGCAUGAUAUCUGAUGAAUAUUCAUAACGAGAGUGACCAAGGACAAUAUCACUGGCAAUAUGUUCUGCACUUGGGCACAUCUCUUCUGGAAUGUAAUGUAGCACCAGAAACUAUUACUGACUGGAACCAAAGUAAGGUCAUACAGAGGGCGGAAGGAAGACUGGAGCUAACUAUCUGGUUACAGUAUAGAAUCUGUGGUAGUGUCUCUCGCACAUGCUCUGUGGUUGCUCAGCACUGUGCCUUUCUAUGCAACUGCUUUGUACUGUAUGCUCCCAGAGGGCAUGAGAUGUAGUACUGGUAACAGCAGCAAUAACUUGAACCUGAUCAACAAGUAUAAAUUGUAUUUUAUUGUUUUAUAUUGAAUUGCAGUUUUGUGUGCCCUUUUUGUUGUUGUUUAUCUGAUGUGUGUAUACCCUGAAUAAUAACUCCUGCAACUGCCUAAAUCCCAUGUUCUCUAAAUAGGUUUGUGGGGUUAUUAAAAAUAAGCAACACCUUUGAGUCAU